CUCUAAUGCAUUUGUGUAUGCAAUAGAGACGUUUGUAUGCCAAAAAAGUAUUUACGACUGGUCAAAAAUCAUAAUGGAAAACAUGUUGUGUAGGCGAGGGACUGGUGGCAGCAUGAACUUCAACAAUAUGACGGACGAGCAGCUGCAGGAGUGGCACACCGCCGUCCUGACCGAGGCGCAGCGCGAGAAUUAUGUGAAUCACAACUUGGAAAUAGUGCGCCACUAUCGCAAUGAGGCGAUUUCAAGAGCGCCCGCCUUCGAUCUGGAACGGAAUGCGAUCGAUGCGGCGAUUGCCCGCCAUGGUCUCUGCGUGUCCAAUGCGGUUGGCAAUGAGCACUCAGAAGGUGGCGCUGGCCACGAGGAAAUGCAACCGCCACCAAUGCGUCGUCCCCGCAUGGAACAUUCCCUACUCCCCCUGCCACCACCACCACCACCACCGCCGCCGCCUCAAGAUAUGUCUGAGAAUGAAGCAGGUGGACCAAGUACCAGCAGUGGCCACUAUGUGGCACUGGCUCACAUAUUCUCCGAUGCGUACACAGCACGUGCGGAGCCAACUGUCGCCGCCAUUGAACAUGGGAGCAUCAAUGGGAGUAUCAAUGGGAUUGUCAGCGCGCUUGGUGGCAUGAGCGGGAGUACCCACAGUGUCCACAACAGCAGCGGCAGAAAUAAUAAUAGGCAGCUGGAGGAUGCAGAGCUCAAUGAUGUGGCGAUAACAGAGACCAUUGAUAGCUUGGGACUGCGCCGCACCUAAUUGAAUACCAGAUGCAUAUUAAUCACAUUUAGAAUUUAUGAUAUUUAUUCAUUAAAUUGUUAAGAUCAGCGUGUGCAACAUAUAUUGUUCAGAUCGUAUAUGUCUAUGUAUAUUCUCAACACUGUUUUGUUGAACAUAAAAACAAAAACAACAAAAACAAACAAAAUACAUAGUA